UUAUAUAAUACUGGUAUUUGUAUUUAAAAUAGUGCAAUAAUUCAGUAAUUGAAUAAUAAACAAACAACUCACAUAAUGGACAAAGAAUACAGCAAGAAACAGAAGAGUAUGUUGAUAGUUUUACAGAAGAAAUAUGUAAGAUGUCUGCGAGAGAAUCCAAUUCUGACGAAGUCAAUAACGAGUGCCGUCCUUUCAUUCUCUGCCAAUCUCACAGCUCAACUCAUUGACAUCCGUCGUGGAAUGGCAAGUGAGAUCACAUUGCCUCCUGCGUUAAGAUAUGGUGCUUUCGGUUUGUUUGUCUCGGGACCGGUCAUGCAUUACUUCUAUGGAUGGCUUAUGAAGACCGUACCAGGGAAAACCACGGAGGCAGCAAUUCAGCGUUUAAUUAUCGAGAGAUUAAUUCUGUCACCGUUUUUUACCCUUCUAUUCCAUUCUUUUAUGGCUGCUACCGAACAUCAAUCAUGGGACGCCGUGAAACUUCGGCUCCAAGCAGCAUAUUGGUUGACAUUGACGAUGAAUUGGAAAUAUUACACGAUCGCUCAGAUCAUAAACUUGAAUUAUAUUCCACCUGAGAUGCGAGUGCUUUUCGGUAACUUCUGUGGGUUUCUGUGGACGAUCGCUCUUACUUCAAUGAAGCCGAAAACAGAUUAGACGCACUUUGAAGCAAGGGUUCUCAACUGGGGGAGGGGAAUUCCCCCUGAGGCAGUGAUAUGAUUCAAAUUUCUCUAUUGUAUCGAACUCAUUCACAACAGGUUCCUUCAUUUCAUAAAACUUUAGCUUCUAUACCUCUCUCUCAUUUUCACGACAUUCCAAUAACGAGUUCGCACAAACCCCAAUCUCCUGAAUCCCAUCAAUGUCCUGGGAGUGAAUUUUACUUAGGGGUUAAAAUUAGAAUUUUAGGAAAGAGUUCUCUUUUGUAUAGAACUCACUAGCAACGAGUUCCCUCGUUUGAAAAAACCGUGUCCACACUUAUAGCUUUAAAAAACAAAAAUGGGUUUUCCCGAAGUAUGCGAACCAAGAUGGCGGACAUCGGAACGUAACAUGGGUAACAGGUUAGGGUUAGGCGAUAAUUUUUUUUCCAAUUUUCCUUAUUUUAGUCCUAUUAUCAGUUCGAAGACUAGCCAAGAGCCUCCCGUAGUAUUUAUACCUAAAAUUAUGGCCUAACUUCAACCUAGUACACAUAUUACAUUAUGAUGUCCGAUGAACCCACCGGCCACCACCGCCAUGGGGUGAAUUUUGCUUGGGGUAAAAAUUAGAAACUAAAUGUGGUCUAAAUGUAGUUGUAUGCGUGCUCCAUGUAACCACUUUUAAGCAUUUACACCAGGGGUCUGUAAACUACGGCCCGCGGGCCAGAUCUGGCCCGUGGAACAAUAUAAUUCGGCCUGUGACGCUUCACUGAAUUAUAUUAACAAAACAACUGUAUUGACGAUUAUAUUUUACGCUUUUCUGGCCCUGACGACUCUUGAAAUCUCACGUUUGCACCUCAACUUGGCAUUAAAAAAUUCCAAUAGCCACGCGCCCCAAAACCUUUACAAAAUUUCUGGCUUUGUCUCUGCUUACGAGUAUUCGUUUAAUUAAAUAUAUAGAAAUUUGAGGGUCGAUUUUUAUUUUUUCAAUUUGUAAAAGAAUGAAGGUUGAGAACCCUUGCUUUGUAGUCCAUUUAUGGAAUCAUUCAUUAUGUUU